CACGUUUUCCUUGUUUUGGUUUUGUUUGGUGCGUUCGUGGGAAAACCAAUUUCACGGCCAGAGGAGAAACACAGCGGAACAUCGGAAAAUGUCGUCGAUCGCGCGAGAGUUUUCCCCCGAUGGGAAGUACUGCGCGUACAUUAGCCAGCAGGGCAAAUUCAUCGUCUACGAGGUGGAAACGGGCACGCUGCAUCAAGUGUACACGCCGAACAUGCACCUGAACGUGCCCUGCACGUGCUUCACGUGGCUCGAGGUCGCCACAGACCAACCGGUGGCCACUCCGAGGUCGGGCAAAGCGAAGAAGCAACGCAGCAGCAACGCCAGGCAGUUGAUGGCCGCCUUCGGUACCAGUAGGGGCCGGGUGGCGUUCUACAGUCUGGCCACCGGUACGAUCGAGCGGUCGUGUGAGGGCGACGGACAUUCGGCUCCGGUCACAGCGAUCUGCUUCAAUGCGGCCGAAGACCCGGAUACGCUCUUUACGGCCGGUGCCGAUGGAAAGGUGAUCGAGUGGAGCAUCAUGCAGAGCGCCCAGGGCGCGGUGCACAACAUAGGCGUCGAGAAGCUGUCCUGCGUGAUGCUGGCCAGCUCGGGCGUGAUCGUAACCGGUUCCAAGCAGCUGAAGCUGUGGGAUCGCGCCGAGAGCCGGCUACUGCGUACCCUGGUUGGACACACCUCCAAUACGCAGAUUCUGCGUACGCUAACGGCCACCACGUCCGAAGAACAAUCGUUCGCCCUUUCCGGGUCCGCAAUGGAUCGUAACAUUUCCAUGUGGUCGUUGAGCGAUGACGGUGAAAACACACCCGUCGCUUCGUUCGCCCUGGAAGAUGUACCGGAGUACGUAUCGCUGGAACUCGUAGAGAGGAAGAUGCACCUGGUGGCCGUUUCGCGCACCGGUGUGGCGCACUAUUUCAUGCGCAGCCUGGACAAGCUCAGCGUCAAGCGACCGUACAAUGCAAAUCACACGUUCCAGAUUGCGGUCGAUACGGCAACGACGAAGACGAAGGCGGUCGAACGGUUGCCGGUGUUUGUGGCCAGCGUACAACACUCGCCCCAGCCAGAAACCAUCAUGCUCGGGUACGGGACGGAAGCGAGCCUUCGAUUCGAACCGAUUCCCAUCGACGCGGAGCUUAAGAUAAACGUCAUCAUCCGGGAACCGAUUAAACUGCUGGGUAAAUCGAAACAAGAGGGUGACUUCAAGACGAAAACCCCAAUCGUAGAUGCCAACAAUGCCGAGUAUCUGAAUCCGGUUAAUGCCAACAAGAAAAACAUGAAGAAGGUCGAGAUUCCGAUGGAAGUUCGAUUGGAAAACCUUUCCCUGUUGCCUGACCGAAGCGACACGAAGAUGGUGACCGGACGCAAGAACAUGAUCCAUCUGCUGGUACAGGGACUGCACAGUCGAGACGCGACCAUUCUGCGCAGCGUGUUCGGUCGUAACGAUCCCGAGAUGAUCCAGCAGACGGUAGAACGCAUUCCGGCCCAAUACCUGGGAGCGCUACUGAGCGAAAUGUCUUAUCUGAUGCAACUGAAAACCGUACACGUACAAACGGCGGUGUGUUGGCUUAAGCAGCUGAUUACCGUCCACGCGAGUCAACUGAUGGCGCUGGGAUCAUCGAAUCUAAUGACGAAUUUCGCUACCUGUCUCGGCAUCAUCGAGUAUCGCGUAGAGCAUCUAAAUUCCCUGGCAAAGUUGCGGGGACGAUUAGGGUUACUGAUCGAUCAGGCGGAUCGAAGCAAAAAACAGUCCAUCAACCGGAACGUGGACGAGAACGUGCUGGUGUAUCAGGAGGAGGAGGAUGACUCAGAUGUGGACUCAGUACUGGGCAGCGACAACGAGCAGCACGGUUCGUCGAACGAGGACAUAUACGACGGUGACGAACAGGAGAGUCCCGAGUACGACGAUGAGGAGCAGGAAGAGUCGCAUGCUGGGCUGUCCGUUCGCAAGCAGAAUGGGUUCGCGCAGGCAGAUGAACACGACGGUAAUGAUAGCGACAGUGAGGAAAUGGAGGUUUCGGAUUGAUUCGGUACGGUUCCGUGGCACUCUUUUUCAAUAAAUUAAGUUACUAAUCGUCUGAUAAGAUUUAUUGAA